AUGGGGAUUAGUAAUCCGUACGGCGAUCGCCUAGCAUACCUGGGGUACGCAGACGAUACCACGCUAGUGCUCAAGGGUAAAAGGCAAAUCGACCAAGCGGUGAAGCUGCUGGACGAGUUCGGGGUGAAGUCAGGACUCCGAGUGAACAAAGACAAGUCCGCGCUGCUGCACCUGGGAAGGAACCUGCGCAAAAAAACCGACAAGUCGUCAGUCUUUAAAUGGCAAUGGGAAGGAAGGUGUAUGCAGUGGAAACGGACUUGUGAGCUAUUCCUGGAGUCCAACUUCUCAUCGUCUGUCAACGUCUCUUCGGUAUGGGAUGUGGAGCAGGAGUUACUGCUUUUUAAUCAGCGGCUGCUCUUGAAUGGUAGGACGCCUGCGGGGAGGCAGAAGGCGGCUAAGGGCCUAAAACGCUCGGUCAUGUGUGAUUUUGUCAAGGUCGCUGCGGACGGUUCAAGAGCACUAAAGGAUGCCCAGGAGGUCGAGAGGGAGUUCGGGGGUUCGGUGGGAUCGAGGCUGGCGAAGAGGAUUUUUGACGCCGCUCCGGAUGAAUGGAAGCAGUUGCUCCUGGCGCCUGUCACGGCGCGUACGGUGCUCGCGUGUUCUAAGUAUGUGCUGAAGGCGGGGACGUGCUAUGGGGUCUGGAGGAUUGAGAGCGUGGAGGGGGAAACCCAAAUCUGCCGAGCUGUCAGCUACUUUCGGGGUGUUUUGGGGGACGCAGAGGAGAAGGUGCGCAGCUUCCUACCGCACGAGGUGGUACCUGCGGUGGUCAGGGAGGGCCGCUUCCUUGGCCCCGCGGGCGUCCCCAAGGCGAGAUUGUUGUGUUCGCCCAUAUGGGAGGGGAACGGCCCGGCACAGAUGAGGCAGCUAAAGGAAGGUUUCAAACGAGGCGGCGGGAAGCCGAAGCAACAGAUCACCUGGGAGGAGUCUCUCGGCCGUUCGAUUGACAGGAGGAGGGUAAUUGGCGUUAGAGAUUCGGCGGCCCUUCCGAACCGAGCGCGGGACGUGAUGCUUCGGGUACACAGUCGUAACCUGCAGGUGGGGGAGCGGCUGCAUUUCCUUGGAGCUGGGGUUGCAUGCCCCCACAGCGGGGAGAAGGAGACGCUGGAACACGGGCUGUUUUUAUGCCCGCGCAUUCAGCCAGCAAUUCGGGCACUUCUGAAGGCGCUCGGAAUUAUGAACCCGCAUCGGAAAAUCGAAUCACUGGGGGACCUGGUUUUCGAGGGGACAGCUUUGGGGUUUCCUGAGGCUACGAUCACGGCAAUCGCGCUCCACCGGAUUUGGGUUGAAAGGUGUGAUGCGGUUUUCGAGCGCAGCAAGUUUCGGGCGCGGAGGGCGCUGCCGAGGAUCGUGGCAUCUUUCCAACUGCAUGUCAGGAUUUACAAACGUGCCAAAGCAGUGGCCAAGAGGCUCGGUGCCACCCGUCCUGGGUUGGAUAAUGAUGAGUGCCGGGUUUUGAGUCAUAUCUUUGACAGCAUAGCUCAGCCGGCCACGUGGUCCAAAGGAUUCAUGGCCAUCUGGUCGAACCCGAGGGCAGCUUUCCGUCCCCCGUAG